AUGACAACCUUGAACUAUCUCCCUUCAGUCAAGCCCUCCGCAAUUGCGGCAGGUGCUCUUUUCACCCACACUGCUUCCCUCGGCAUUCUCGCGCCCGUAUUCGGCGAUACCUAUCAUCGUGCCCAAGCAGCCAAUUCCAAGGAAGAGUUCCUCAAAUCUAAAGAGGCUGCCGGUGCAGUAGCAGCCUGGGGUACCUCCUUGGUUGGAAGCUCAGUCCAAACAUACGGAGUAGCAGCUCUGAUCAACGCCACGGGUACUUUGAGCUACAAGGGAGCGGCUUAUCUUGGGAGCUUGAUCUUCAUGGCCAGCGCAGCCCCCGGUGUUGUGAGCCAGGUCUUUGCCGAAAAGAGACCCCUUGACACUGUUGCCGUAGGUGCAGUCAGCAGGUUGUUUGAAACAGUGGGACUCAGCCUCUUCCUUACUUGGUGGGGUACCCGCACGAAUCCAUUUUCUAGCAGCUAUUAA